GUCAUCACCGAGAAGAACCGGCAAGUCAGUCAGACAGUCAGUGAUGGUGCGGCCGGCAGAGUGCACCAACUGGCAUUUUGAGGAAAACUUCUCUAGCAAGACUCCUUCCGCUUCGCCUUAGAUCCCGGGCAGGCAUCUGAAAUCACCGAGAUGGACGUGGCCUGGUUGCCUUCUGUCGUCCUGCAUUUAAUACUCUUGCAUAAAAUGACUAUUCUGCCAGGUGCUCAAGGUAUGGCCGAUAAAAUCAGGGUUUUUGCUAUGCAGCUAGACAUGUGGGCUCCCCCUAGAGACGAUGUUCUCAUUAGAUACAACCUCGCCACUCAUUUUAAGGAGGGCGAGGUCUCGGAAUUUCCGGAAGUGACGGUGUGCAUCCGGGCCAAGCCUGUGGUUCUCAUGAGCUACGGUCACAUCUCCAUCGCCACUUCGGAUCAAGACAAUGAUGUGCUUCAUAUGUACCGUCGUGGGAAACAUCAUGGGUUUUACUACAACGGCGUCCGUCAAUAUGGCUUCUUGAACAUGACCAACGAUAUUGGCCUCCACCAGUGGAGUCACUACUGCCACAACUUUCACCACGGCGAAUACAGAGCUUACAUUCACGGGGAGCUGGCAGCCAAGGGCCCUUUCAGCGUACCCCACAAAGUUCCAUUACCCGUUAAGGGCAUGAUCACCAUCGGGCAAGAGCAAGACCUCCUGGCAGGAGGGUACGACAAGGACCAAAGCUUCAGAGGAUACAUAUCGCAAGUCAACAUCUGGAACCGAUCUCUCACGGCCGAGGAGGUCAGGAAACAAGCCUCCUGCAGGAAGUCAGAACUCGGGAACAUCUUUUCCACUGACAGAGAGAAUGUCGAAUUGCUGGGUGGAACGACUAUGGAGUUGGUAGACCCAAGCCACUUCUGCGAGAAGGCUGUAGAAUACGUAAUAUUCCCCGAAGCUAGAUACAUGGCGGAUUCAAGGCGAACGUGCAACAGGAUAGGCUACGAGGUCUAUACGCCUAACAGCUACGACGAAAAUGUCGCAUUACACAACGAGUCGCUUCGAUUCGCCGAAAACUGCCUCUCGAACUACCACCUGUGGAUUGGCGUCACGGACGAAGAUGAAGAGGAUGUCUGGCGGAAGUUCACCGACAACUCCAUCGCUCAGACGCAGUUUGAGUUGAAUGAGCCCAACGGAGGCACCGGCGAGAACUGCAUGCUGAUGUUCCUGCCCAACGGUCGCUGGGUGGACACCUCCUGUGUCAUCCAGUGGCCUGCCUGCGUGCCCUGCGAAGUGGACCGAACUGCCCCACUGCGUUUAAGAGGAUUUUGCUUCUCGAAUGAGGCCGAGACAUUCUACGAGGUGCUCGGUUAUACCUACGAGAAGCCCUACCUCCACGGGUACUACGGCUACAUGGUCUACAAGAUCGACGACUACACGUGGGAGAUGUUUGACACGACAGUAGCGGAGGUCGUCGGGACACUCAAAGUCCCCUCGAAGGACACUUACCCGAUCGGGCGCCACACCUGGGAACUCCGGAGGCCGAAGUGCAACAACCUCAUCGGCUCGCAGCUGCAACUCAGCUUCUCCGUCUGCAACAACGACGAAUUCACCUGUUCCAACGGCGACUGCAUCCCGAAGGAGCGUCGUUGCAACGCCAAAGACGACUGCAUCGACCUCUCGGAUGAAGAGGACUGUCGCGUCAUCAUCCUGCCCAAAGGGUAUCGCCCCCAGCGCCCUCCGAAUAACCAAACCGCGGAGGGCGAAGCCAUCCACUUGGCGGGAACUGUCAACAUAAUCCGGUUCAUGGACAUCAGCGACAAAAACCGGAUCGUUAACGUGGAAUUCACCGUCGACGUCACCUGGAACGACCCCAGGGUCAAGUACCACAACCUGGGGGACACCCUCGAGUGGAAUAAGCUCUCGGGGCAUGACAUGGACAUAAUCUGGAAGCCUGUGGUCACGUUUCCCAACCUCUACGAUGGCAACUUCAAGAGGUUGUCUCAGUACGUCUACCUGGACAAGUUAGGGCAGCCUCUGUCCCCAGAUUUCAACAAUGUUCGGAUGGACACGGUCUACGCAGGCACAUCAGCCGACAUCGUCCAGAAAGAGCAUUACAGUGGCGUGUUCGGGUGCUCUUUCGACGUGUUCUAUUACCCGUUCGACACGCAGCGCUGCUACUUGCUGAUCCAGCUGAACACGCGCAGAGAGCUGGCCAAGUUUACGGAGGAUAAGUCGCUCGUUGUGUACAGCGACGACCCCAAGUUGCCCGCCUACCUCCUCAGUAAAUACUACAUCGAGAUCACCGAGCUGGGCAAUAAUGAGACGAUGUACAGCUCGCUGAAGGUGACAUUCGAGCUGGAUCGUCGAUGGAGGAUGAUCGUUAUGACCGUUUUCCUGCCGACGGCCAUGUUACAGAUCGUCGGUUACACGACUCUCUUCGUCAACGUCGUUCUUAUGGAUGUUAGAAUGGCAGUGAGCUUGACAACGUUGCUGGUGCUGUACACUCUCUUCAGCAACACCUCCGACGCCCUGCCGGUCACAGCUUACGUGAAGAUGAUAGACGUGUGGUUCUUCUUCUGCAUCUUCCUGCUCUUUUUCAUCAUCGUCGUGCACGUCGUGGUGGAGCAAAUGGUCAACAUAGCGGAGGAGCAGCAGUUCAAGCAAGUCCUACCUUUCGACGGCAGGAGGAUCACGGAGAAGAGCGUUAGGCCGACUUCGGCGGGAGCCGAGAGACUGCUGUUUUUCGCGCGUUACGUCGUCACUCCCGGGGUCAAUAUUCUCUUUAACCUGAUCUACUGGGGGCUGGUGUUCGAGACUUCGUUCAAGGAAUAAGGAGACGCCGUUAGUACCUUUUUUUUUUUUUUUUUUUUUUUUUUGCGUGUAGGCUCAUAUGCAGGCUUCUGUGCUCAGGCUAGACCCAGUUCUAAUCUAGGAACUUUGGACUAAACAGAGAUAAAGGCAGUAGGCUUCCUUUCCACCAGCCUCUGAAUUACAAAGACACACAAGGGUUACCUCUCCCAUAGGCCUAUACGUUAGAAAGAACAUACACAAAUAGGCAAUAACUAUUGAAUAAUGGAGCAGAAUUACACUGAACACGUACCGAGUUUCUUUCAAACCGGAAAUGGCUAAAACCAUACGAAAUAGACCAAUUCGCAGAAUACAAAUAUGCAUAUUGGUUUUACUUUACGUUACAAUACAUUACAGAAGAAUAUGAAGUAGAUCAGUGAUCUACAUAACGUCAGUAAAUAUUGAAUAUUUAAUGAUGUUUGUAGAGACUGAUUUACUAUGACGGCUAUGAUUACUCUCUCGUCAAUAGCGGUUAUCAAUCUCGGCUUCUGUUGACAGAAGGGUUUCAGUGACAUGAAAUUACAGCCUGUCUAUCUUUAUAUCUAUCUGUCAUACUCUGAACAUUAUGCGCAAUAUAACAUUUUCUCCUACUCACCUUUUGACAUUCACACCGACUCCUGAGUACUGAUGUAUGACCAAUUUCUAAGUCACCAAUAAUUUCAGUUUAAUGUGCGACGUAAGAAAUAUAAGUAUGUAUUCAUUCGUUAAGAGUUUUUCAGACUAUGUAUUGGUAAUUUCUC